AUGGCUCGUCCUCUCGCAGUGUGCAUCAGGGAACUCCUGAAGACGUCGCGUCUCGGUGCUAGCCCUGCCUCGAGCGCUUGGUUCUCGAGUCAGUCGAACCCCGAGGAGUGGGAAGCCCUCAGCGGGGAUCUUAUGGCCAUACAUUCGAGGCGUCAAAAAGACAAGCCAGCUUCCCUGAAGCGCAGAAGGCCAGUAUUUAAGACAUCCGAGCAGCGUCAGACUAACAAGCCGAAAGCCAGCCUUGGUGGUGAACGCGUGUUUGGACUGCACCCCGUGCUGCUGGCGCUGCGUGCUCGCAAGCGCAUCUUGUAUGAGCUGCAUGUGGACGAACGCAAGCUGUCCAAGGCAGGCAGGCUGGAACAGAGUCCGCUGCUACUCCAGAUACUGGACCUGGCCAAGGAGCAGGAGCUGCCCGUCAGUGGCUGCCCGCAGAACCUUCUGCAUCAGUGGUGUGGCAGAGAAGUUCACCAGGGCGUGUGCCUGGAUGUGUCCCAACUUCCUGUACAGCAAGGCGAGACUCUUAUGGGCUGCUUUGACAAAAGUGAUGUUGGGGAGGACCCUGGCAGGCCACUGUGGCUUUUCAUGGAUAGGAUACAGGAUCCAAUGAACUUUGGUGCUGUCCUCCGAUCAUCGUGCUAUUUCGGUGUACAGAAAGUUUUUAUCCCCAGCAAAGACAGUUGCCGUCUGUCACCUACAGUGAGCAAGGCAAGCUCGGGUGCGCUGGAAUUGAUGGACCUGUACAUUUUGAACACGCCAGAGAAAUUCAUGACGGAGAUGAAAAUGAAGGGCUGGUGGAUUGUGGGCACAUCAAGUUUUUACGACUCCACGCGGCAAGCAUCACACAGUGGAAGUUCCAAGCUCACUUGGGACCUACCGCCACCUGACAAGCCUGUGCUACUGAUUGUCGGCAAUGAGGGACAAGGGAUACAGCCAGAGCUGUCUACCCUGUGUGACUCUGUCCUCUGCGUGGCACCUGCCGGGCAAGACAGUCCUAUCGGCAGCCUCAAUGUUUCUGUGGCAACGGGAAUAGUGCUACAUCACCUAUCCUUGGCUCGACGGCCCUGAGGGUGUGACACUAAGAAACACCACAGACGCAGCCAUCGUUUGUUUUCGGUACACAGCCUGGCCAAGCUUCAGGGAACGUUCUGCACACCCGCAGGUGACCCGGGUUUCCCAGCAGGUGACCUUGACACCUGAGCCUGAGGACCCUGCUUGACCUGCUGCUGCGGCUUGCACUGUGAUAUGGCUUCUGGCCAUUGUAUUGUCCUAGGACACCGCCUGGUCAUUGCCUUGUCUUAGAACACAUUUACACGUUACACGGUCGAUACGAAAGUGGUGGGCCAUGUGAAAUCUCCUUUUUGCUGGUUCUGUAUGAACAGGAUGUAGAAGACUCUCUGUAAACGGAAAUUUCUUGAAACGGAACUUACUGCCUAAAUUGAACAAUUGUCCCUAAAUGUGAUUAACUGCAUACUUGAACUCUGUCCUGCUCUUAGUAAACAGAACUAAUGUUAGACGGAACACAUUUUUCUGGUUCCUUCAAAUUCCAGUUAUUGAGGGUCUGCUGUAUCUCAUUAGGGCUAUAGUUGUAGUUGUGAAAGGCAAAGCUUUUGAGUGAUGCUAUAGAGAAGUAUGGGAUUAUUUCGUGCUAAUAACAUGCUUUUCCAAAAUCUUACUUCCAUUACGUUUGCUCUGGUUGGCUAACUAAAAAAAAACAUGAAGCAAAGGUAUGUUUCACAUUUCGAAUUUCACACUGAAACUGCCAUCUGGUAUGUCUGCAUAAUGUCUUGGAUUUGCAGGGCUGUGCUUUGGUAGAUAUUUUCGCAUACUUUUUAAAGAGCAAAAUUUGCACUAUAUUUUUGCCCAAAUUUUUAUCUUGGGCUGAACAUAUCAGUGCCAUCAAAAACAUUAUUUAAGCUUUACUUGUCAUUUUUUAAAGAAACAUUAGGGACUACAGUCGAACCCACAUAUAACGGCCCCACUUAAAACGAACUUUCGCUUAAAACGAACAACACCCGCGUGACAGUGAAAAUAUACAUUUGUUAAAUGGCACAAAA